AUGCCUUUCAUAAUAAAACGAAUUUUGUUUUAUCCGAAAAAGAGCGUGAUGGAAAUAGGCAGUCCAUCGGCAUACAGGCCAUACAUACAUGAGAGCGGAAUACCAGACAGCGAGGUUAUUUUGUUCACAGAGAACAAGGCACGGGAACUGGUGGCAGGGGGAACGACUAUCACCAAGGAAAUGCUCGAUGCCAUGGAAUUUUCGAGUUCUUCGUCAGAGGAGUUUACGGAGGAUAACCAGGAAUUGAUAGAAGGGAAAAAGGCAGUCUCGGAAAAUAUCGAUAAAAUAGUUGCGGAUGAGUUUAAGGCGAAUUUGCACAGUGAUGAGGGCGAGAGCACAGAGGAGAAUUCUGAUGAGUUUAACAGAGAGACAUCUGGCGAUAUGGAGAAGCAGUUGAGCGAGCGGUUGGAAGGUGUGGUGAAAAUUGAUGAUGGAGCAAAGACAGAAGAGGAUGUAUCAUCCGUUGAUAAUGCUGCUGAGCAAGGAGAAAGUGUUGCUGCACCGGUAGCGAUUGAUGACCAGGUGGAUAAAGAACAGGAGAAGCCUGUCCAGCCUCCUGAUGCUGAGCCUGCUCAGGUCGAGUCUCUUGCUGAGAUCGAAGAUGCCUCGGUUACUUUAGACAUACCACAGGACAAAGCAGCAGAACAUAUCUACGUUUAUCAGCCAGCUGCGUUCGAAUCGCUUCCCGCAAAAGUUUUGCUUGAGCAAGUGAAGACCAAUUUUAAUGUGUGCUUUUUGGACCUUCACGAUGACAUUGUCACUCUCAACGACAAUUUCAAGAAAGAAUUUUACAAUAAAUUCAUGAAAAUUUUGGAGGACGAGAUCGCACAAAAGGAUUUGAGCGAUAAGUAUAUCAAGUCCCUGACAGACGUUAGAAAGAGCCUGAUGAGCAAGUAUGAGAAUGUUGUCAGGAAGGAUGUUGAUGUCCGGUACACAGUUGAUGAGAUACUUGCUAUAAAGGAGCGGACCGAAAUUCCCAUAAAUGUUGACAAGACAAUAUUCGCUGCUGCAGCCCGUCGUGAGCGCAGGGAAGAUUCGAUUUCUCUGUUUAGACUGGAGCUGAACAGAAUUGCCUGGACGAACAGCAAUAGCACCAUUGAGAGGAUAAAGAGACUGAAGGUUAAAAAGGACACAGAGAUCAAGAAGAUGGCCGAGGUGCUCUUCGAUAAAGCAAUUUCUGAGGAGGCUUUCUGCAAACUCUAUGCAUUCGUGGUGCAGAACCUGUACAAGACCUUUCGAAGCGAUGAGGAAAAGCGCAGGGGCGAUACGAAGAGCGUGUUUUUCAGCACUCUGAUCAAACUGUGCCAGAACAUCCUUCACAAUAAGGAAAAGUGGACCACUACACACGAUUUGAGUACGCUUUCCAUGGAAGAACGAAUUUCGAUGGAAGAAACGCUCGAAAAAGAAAAUAUAGAGAAGGAAAUCAAGAAAGGACGCAUGCUUGGCACUGUAAAAUUUAUCUCUCUGCUUUAUUCGUACACGAUUAUUGGUUUCAAGGGCAUCAGUCUGUGCAUAUCCUCAUUGUUAGAUCUUGACGACGAGCAAAAUGUUGAGACUCUGUGCGCGCUGCUCGGCAGCUGCGGUGAAAAGAUGGUCCAGUCCGGGAAGCAUGUGGAGCUUAUAAAUGUUAUGAACAUGCUAAAGCAGAAGCGGCAAUGGAGCAAUCGAAUCCGGUUCAUGGUGUGCGAUAUCUUGGAAAAGUGUGAUGGCUGGGUCAAAGAGAAGCGAAAGGACUCGCCGUUCAAGAAUUCGUUCUCUGCACUGAAAAACGAUAGAGGAUUUUUGAUGAACAAGGAGAAUGUUGAAAUCGCCAGAAAAGAGAACGAAAUGGUCGUUGAGCACAUAACGGCUCCUCCAAAGGAUGCUACUCCCGUGGCUAGCAACAGCGAAGGAAGAGAGAGUCGUCUGCUUGACAUGAUGGACGUGAUGGCCCGAAUAAUUGAGGAUGUUCCACAUGUAAAUGAUUACACCAGUUUGAUAAAUGAAAUGAAGGAGCGUACGAAAGAGGCUGAUCUGUCUCUGAUCCUUGAGUCGUAUUUCCUAAUAAUCAUAGAAAUUUAUGAGUCCUACGGCGAUUACCUCAAGCUUCUGAAGCUGUACCUAGCGGAUGUAAAAGCUGAUGAGCGCGUCGUCAACGAAAGCAUAGUCAGUGUAGAGAACAAGUUGGGUGAUAUAUCUGUGGAUUGCCCGUACGCGAAGAGCAAUUUCCAUUUUCUUUCCUAUUGCCUGGGCAGAUGGAUGAACUGCCAGAUAAAGGUGAGCGGAUACGACGAGGGCGAAAUGGAAAAGAAGUACGAAGGCCUGGCAUUUAAUUAAAAAUAAACCAACGACAUUCUCAACACGUUAUGGCAGCAUUCGCCAAAAAUUGCGUUUGCAUCCGUUUUAAAUUCAUUUAAGAAAAGAACCAUUCAAAUUCAUUCCAGCUAACGCCUACUGUCCAGCGCAGUACUCACAGCAAGCUCCUCUUCUUCUACCCGUUUACCUCUCUGGCAGCAGCCACGUGCCAAGAUGAUAAACAGCCGUGCUUUAACCGGAAAAAGCCGUGCAUGCCUGCAAUUUCGUUAUCAGCAUCUUUCUGUUGGUUGAAAGUGCGAGCUGGCGUACCAAGUUUUUCCAUGAACAGGACCAGCGGUCAUGGUUGGUGCCAACUGACCAAAAAGUACUUUCAUUCGUAUGGUGUUGCAGUAUGAGAGGAUAGAUAAACAACUUUUGUAAUAAAACUGACUGC